AAAAAAAUACAAAACCGGCAUGUUAAACCCCACGGCGGCCGUUUCCCCUAAACCCUCUUUUCCCGACCAUCAGCCACCAUGCGGCACCUCCUCACCGCCUUGCGCCGCCCUCUCCGCCCCUGCGCCAUUCUCCAAAGGGCGAAUUACAAGCCGCAGAAUCCCCAGCCGCCUCCUUCCCCGCCGUCGCUGCCGAAGCCCCCGAAGAAGCCAGUGAGUUUCUCCCUGCACGGGGAGUCGUGGUCGGACGACUAUAACUGGAUGUCGCAGCUCAGCGACAAGGUGGCGAUGCGCCACAUGGACGUCUACAUGGAGCAGGAGGAGAAGUACACCGAAGCCGUCAUGUCCGACACCGAUCGCCUCCAGUCCAAGCUCCAUUCCGAGAUGGCCUCCCGCUUCGCCGCCGACCUCGCCACUCCUCCCCUCCGUUGGGGUCCUUGGUUGUACUACAGGCGGGUUGAAGAAGGAAUGCAAUACCCGGUAUUAUGUAGGAGACUGGCUAGUCUUAAUGAAGAGUUUAUUUCUAAUAAAUCUCCAUCAGCUGGCUUUGAUUUCAUGUCUGGAAAGAAAAUUGAGCAGAAGCUGCUUGACUACAACAAAGAAGCUGAAAGAUUUGGAGGUUAUGCCUAUGAAGAACUAUCAGAAGUCUCACCUGAUCACCGAUAUCUUGCAUACAGUAUGUAUGACAAGGAUAAUGACCACUUCAAACUAUCUGUCAGAGACUUGAAUAGUGGGUCGCUUUGUAUUAAGCCUCAAGCUGACCGGGUUUCCGGUAUAGCUUGGGCUAAAAAUGGGCAAGCAUUACUGUAUGCUGUUACAGAUGAUAAGAAGAGACCUUUUAGGAUCUACUGUAGCAUGCUUGGUUCGGAUACUGAGGAUGUAAUAAUUAUGGAGGAACCUCAAGAAAACGUCCAUCUGAACAUAAGGCACACCAAAGACUUCCAGUUUUUGACUGUAAACGCAUUCACGACCCAGUCAUCAAAAGUCUUUCUACUAAAUGCAGCCGACCCUUUAUCUGGAAUGACGCUUGUAUGGGAAGGCGAACCAAAUGUCCAUUGCAUUAUUGAGCAUCACCAAGGAUACCUCUACCUCUUUACAAAUGCCGCUUUGCAGGGGCAACUUGUUGAUAACCAUUACCUUUUGUGUAGUCCUGUUGCUUCUUCAUGUAGUCCAAGGAAUUGGCAGAAUGUUUUUGCCCAUGACCAGCAAUUGAUUAUUGUAGAUGUCGAUUUCUGCAACACACAUUUGCUACUUAUAGUGAGAAAUGGGCGAAAAUAUGAAUUGUAUUCUCUUUCUUUACCUUUAGGUAAUGACAAGGUUGGAGCUCUUCUCAAAGAUUUCAAUCCACAGAGCUUGCCUCUUCCAGAUCAUGUAGCCCAAAUAUUACCUGGAACGAAUUAUGACUUCUAUUCUUCAACCAUGCGCUUUACAAUAACAUCACCUGUGAUGCCAGAUGCAGUGGUUGAUUAUGAUUUGCUAAAUGGAAAAUGGACUAUUAUACAGCAGCAAAACUUGCUUUAUGAACGUACACGUGUUUUAUAUGGCUCGUCAGCUGCUGUAAGCAGUAGUAAAAAGACAUCUAUAUCGAAAAAUAUCAUUGUCAAUAAUGCUGAAGAUGAUAGGGCAUGGAAUGACCUCUCUGAGUAUUAUGCUUGUGAAGAAUUUGAUGUUCCUUCACAUGAAGGGGUUUCGGUUCCACUUACGAUACUAUAUUCACGCCACAAGAAGAAAACUGGGGAAAAUCCCGGAUUACUUCAUGGACAUGGAGCUUAUGGUGAGAUACUCGACAAACGAUGGCGAAAUGAGCUCAAAAGCCUUCUUGAUCGUGGUUGGGUUAUUGCUUAUGCUGAUGUUAGAGGUGGAGGUGGUGGAGGUAGAAAAUGGUUUUAUGAUGGCAGGAGAACUAAGAAGCUCAAUUCUGUUAAGGAUUAUAUAUCUUGUGCUAAGUUUCUAAUAGAAAGGGAGAUUGUUGGAGAAACCAAACUGGCUGGCUGGGGAUACAGUGCUGGAGGAUUGUUAGUUGCUUCAGCUCUUAAUUUUUGUCCAGAUUUAUUUCGAGCUGCUGUUUUGAAGGUACCGUUUCUAGACCCAACACACACCCUGCUGCUACCUAUCUUACCACUUACACCUAAUGACUACGAGGAGUUUGGAUACCCUGGCGAUAUUGAAGAUUUUCGGGCCAUCCGUGAAUUUUCUCCCUAUGAUAAUAUCCGGAAAGAUGCAUUAUACCCUGCUGUUCUGGUGACAUCAUCUUUCAGUACGAGGUUUGGAGUCUGGGAAGCAGCAAAAUGGGUUGCACGAGCGAGGGAGUAUACUGUUCAUGACCCUAGGCGUCCGGUACUUCUUAAUUUAACAACUGAUAUAGUAGAGGAGAACAGAUACUUGCACUGCAAAGAGGCAGCACUGGAGACUGCUUUCCUUAUCAAGUUCGUAGAUGAUCAGUCAUGAUCAGGCGGAUCAUUCAUACAGCUUCGCCUCUCAUCAGUGUAACGACUAAAGCUAGGUCGAGGCAGAUGCCAUGUUUUACUAUCUUUUCCUUGCACUGCUGCACCUCAGAUGGGAGACUUGUUCUUCCCAAGUGGAAAUCUGACUUAGAGCAUCCGCAAUGGGGUUACAUGAUAGCUUACAUGAUAGCUUACUUUAUGAUGGGGGGACCACAUGAUGUAAAGAUGCUGCAGUGGGGUUACAUGAUAGCAUUAGUUUUAUAAAGAGAAGAAAAAGUUAAAAAAAAAAAAUUGACCGUGUGAAGAGCUACACGAUAGAACGUGUAGUCCUUGUGUAACCAUCUCCCGCAACGGUUACACGAUAGCACAUUUACACGAUAGCCCUAUCGUGUAAUGGCUAUCGUGUAACCAUUGUGAAUGCUCUUAGCAUGCGCCAUACGUUGGACGUUGGAAAGGAGCUUUAUCUCGAUUAAGCGAAUCAUGGAAAGGUCUCAUGGCGCAUGGGCGGGUGGUCUGUUCUUUUUCGUGACAUCGCCAGCAGCGCUACGCUGCUUUUAUUGCAACAGAAUUUAUAAAGUAUGUGCUCUUUUGUACUUGAAACCAGCAAUGCUCAUUGACCUAAGCUUAUAUAAAGGUCAUGGCAAUCAUGUGCAGUUUUGCUUUACAAUCCAUUAUUCCACAAAUAUUGCUUCUCCAUCUAUACAAUUGAAACAUUUGAGUUCACAGA